CACAAUCUUAAGUCGUAUAUUUUUAAUCAGUUCAAUAAUCAUAUGAAUUUACAGCUGCUGUUGAAUGGAUGCAAUCUUGUGAAUCGCUGCGAGCUAUCACGUUCUCAAGAUCGCGAACUUCAAAGAUACAUUGACGCCAAUUCCCAUUUGUUGCGAUACGGAUAUCGUGACGGUGAGUCUUAUUCCAAGAAAGCAUUCGCUUAUCGUUUUUAUUUGUGCUAA